AUGAAUAGGAAAACGAUUCGGUGUGCCGCUCAAGGACAUACUGGAAGUUCGUUGUCAGUAACAAAGAAAUAUUUGGUGAUAGUUAAUGAUUUAAAUAAAGUUCAAGUUCUGCAGGACAAACAAUAUAAUUGGGUCAUUACUGCGGAAGCUG